AGUAAGGGUGAGCAACAGCUCAACGAAAAACAACAACAAUCAGUACAGCAGGGCUGAAACAGAGAUGGUCCAUUGAAGCUGAACGCUUACCACUGUACUAAUCCCAGUCCAACUGCUGCUAUUUCUACUGGAGCUUUAUAUGUCGAUGGUGCCGAGCCCAUGAACUUGGCCAGUCAAAGCGGGGACGCUGGCGGAAGCCAGCUCCUCUUCGCCAACUUUAACCAGGACAACACGUCCUUAGCUGUUGGCACCAAAUCAGGCUACAAGUUUUUCUCCCUGUCCUCUGUGGACAAAUUGGAGCAGAUAUAUGAAUGUACUGACACGGAGGAUGUGUGUAUUGUGGAGCGUCUGUUCUCCAGCAGCCUGGUGGCCAUAGUGAGCCUGAAGGCCCCAAGGAAGCUCAAAGUCUGUCACUUCAAGAAGGGAACUGAGAUCUGCAACUACUCCUAUUCGAACACCAUACUGGCUGUCAAACUCAACAGACAGAGACUGAUAGUAUGUCUGGAGGAGUCACUUUACAUUCACAACAUCCGAGACAUGAAAGUGCUGCAUACUAUCAGAGAGACUCCACCCAAUCCUUCAGGAUUGUGUGCCCUCUCCAUCAGUAAUGAUAACUGCUACCUGGCGUACCCAGGCAGUGCUACGAUAGGAGAGGUCCAGGUGUUUGACACAGUCAACUUGCGAGCAGCAAAUAUGAUUCCAGCCCACGACAGCCCAUUAGCAGCCCUAGCAUUUGAUGCUAGUGGAACCAAACUGGCCACAGCCUCAGAGAAGGGUACAGUCAUCCGCGUCUUCUCCAUCCCCGAGGGACAGAAGCUCUUUGAGUUUAGGCGAGGAGUCAAGAGAUGUGUGAGCAUCUGUUCGUUGGCGUUCAGCAUGGAGGGCCUGUAUCUCUCUGCCUCCAGCAACACAGAGACAGUCCACAUCUUCAAACUAGAGACACAGAAGGAGAAGUAUGUGCCAGCCGAGGAGCCCACCACAUGGGGAGGUUACCUGGGAAAGGUCUUGAUGGCAUCCACCACCUAUCUGCCUUCCCAGGUUACAGAAAUGUUCACCCAGGGGCGAGCCUUUGCCACCGUACGUCUGCCUUUCUGCGGACAUAAGAACAUCUGCGCCUUAGCUGUCAUUCAGAAGAUUCCCAGGUUGUUGGUUGCGGCGGCCGAUGGUUACCUGUAUUUGUACAACCUGGAUCCACAAGAAGGAGGAGAGUGUACACUUAUGAAGCAGCACAGGUUAGACGGCACUGCGGAGCCCCCGAAUGAGAUCCUGGAGCCGGGAACGCAUGAUCGCCCACUUGUGACCCAAACCUACAGUGCUGCUGUCACUAAAGGUUACUGUGAAGAACAGGGUGCCGUGGGAGGGGCCGGGCUAGAAGACGACCUUAACGACUUACGCUUAGAGGAGGAGAACGAGCAGCCGCCGCUCAUCCUUGAAACUGACUGACUUAACGGUUGGCUGUACCCACCAAUCAGAGGGCUCCUCUGGUGCUGCUACAAACACGUGACACAAGGGGGGCAGGGACAGGAUCGCAGAUGGAAAGUGUUUUAUUUUUCUUUUUUUUUUUAUUAUUACACUCAAAGUGUUGAAGAGCCUGUCUGUCGGUCUUUCCGUGCGUUCGUCUGUACACAUACAUCUUUUUCUCCCUUCCUUUCUUCUCCCUCAGUUUCGCCUGCGCGGGUCAAACUGAAGCUUUGCAUGUACAUGUGCCAACCGCUAAAAAAAAACAUGCUCCAAUGUGAAAACGAGUAUCUGUGAAUGUGAGUGUGAUCAAAAUAUGUAGCUGUGUCUUUUCUUGAGACACACACACACACACAGGUGCAAGCACUGUGUAAAAUGAAAGUGAUUGUGUAAGUGCCUCUCUGCCCCAGCGACAUGGUUGUCUUCUUUCUGAGGGGGGGGGGUCUCUUUGCAUUGGCUUAAUAAAAUCUAUUUUCAGUUGUUGGAUCUUAAUCGAGGGUGUGUACUAUCUUUUCUGACCCCUUUCCUCUCUCACACACAGUCGAACACUGCCCUGCCAAGAGCGUGGGGUCUGUCACCCUUAAAAGAACGAUUCAGAAGCUUUAGAGGUGUUUGCGAUAAAGACUGUGUGUCUGUGCGCUUGAGACCCUACUUCGUACGUGUGUGUGUGUGUGCAUGUGCUGGGCAUGUACAUUUGCAAAACAUCUAGUAGUCAGCUUCCACUUCCCCCCCGUGCACUUUUACCUCAACCAAACCGGCUAAGUGAACCGUCCCCCCACCCCUCGUCAGGCCUGCGGUCAUCAUGGUUUUAAACUGAUAUUAUUGAUCGUUUUUUAAAUCUGCAUAACUAAUCAUAAACAAUUAUAUGUCAUGCGUAUGAAAACAUGCAUGGUGGUUUUCACGUGGUGCAGUGUCCAUACAUCAAAGACAUGGUGGUGAUCAGUUGAGAAAGGCAAUCCUUAGUCUCGGCUUUACUCCUCAUCCUACUGUAUCUCUACUCUGUAUGUUACUAGACGUGGCGAGAUACCACCGUACCAUGCCGUCAGGUCGCGGCUUCGAGGCUUUACGCUCUGGGACGGCGGGUGUUUGGCGUUGGAGUGAACCGUGGGUUGUAAAAUGACUGAUGGUCAGGCGGAGUCCGGGAUACUGCAUGAUUUCCCAUUAAUCCUUUGGUGUUUGAGGCUAACAGAUGAGGAUUAACAAUGGGAGUGUGGAGUGUCGGGCAUUUUCUAAUGAUUUUGUACAAAAUGUGAAACAUUCAUCUGAAACUAAAAUGAAAAUAAAUUCCAUGUUGAUGUACAAGA